AAGCGUACUUUAGCAAAGCAGAAGGGUGAGGGAAAUGUGCGCCUGUGGGGGUACCAGAGGCUAGAGCUGAAGCGGAAACCGGGAGUACCAAUUCCAGCAUACUGUUGAGUCACGGCCACCGCUUUUCGCCAUUUUCCCCCACUCAGUUUCCUCCGCGUGUCGUUCCGUCACAGACAGGCCCGUCAUGCAAACAAUUUCCCCCGUACCAUUUUAACCGCGCUCCGUUCACGUCGACCCUGGUUUCAGACACAAGCAGAGGAGAGAGAGAGAGAGAAUGAAUGGCCGGAAAAUGCUGCCGGCAGAUGUGGAGGUACAGCAGCAGGAAGUGAAGGUGGCGGCGGAGACGGCGACAAUGAGUGGACCACUGGUGGCAGGGAGGCCAUCUGGCCGGAGGAAUGUCGGCUGUAAUAUGGACGUCUCGCAUGUCGUUCUCCGGCUGGCCUGUCUGCUGACUUCUGUGACAGCGGUGUCGCUCAUGACCACGGCAAAGCAAGCUGCCGCCAUCUCCUUCUAUGGCUUCCACCUCCCAGUGUACUCCAAGUGGUCCUUCUCAGACUCCUACGAGUAUCUGGUUGGAGUUUCGGUCGCUGUUGCAGCUCACUCCGUGCUGCAAUUGCUUAUUUGUGCGUGGAAGUUGCUGAGAAAGUCUCCAGUCAUUCCAUCCCGGAAUCAUGCCUGGCUUGUCUUUGCUGGGGAUCAGGUCUUUGCAUAUGCAAUGAUGAGUGCUGGGUCAGCUGCAUCGGGAGUUUCGAACCUGAACCGCACAGGAAUCAGACACACAGUUCUACCAAAUUUCUGUAAGCCCUUGUUGAACUUUUGCGACCGGGUUGCUGCCUCCAUAGCCUUCACUUUCUUCGGCUGCUUCUUGCUUGCCACGUCUGCCAUUCUCAAUGUAGUUUGGCUGUCCAAGUCCUAAUUAAAUUUCCUUCAUUGGUUCUCUACACCCUUGGGGCUAUUCUUACUUGGGUAUGAGAAUCCUAGGGGUAACCUGCAGCUACACUUUUGUUACCUGAGAUGGGUAAUGGUGAACCUUGGGGGUUGGACACCUUCUGAUCAGUGGCCUUUUCUAAAGGUUGGAAUGGCCUCUCAUCCUUUUGCGACGGAAUGUGUUAUAGUUUGAUCAGCGUAGUUGGUUUGGCAUGAUAAGAUGGAGAAUGACCUUGGUUGUAGCAGGAAGUGAACAAUUGAUCUUGAAUUAUGUUGACAAUGUGUAUGUUUUUCAAUCUUAAAUGCACCAUAGAGUUCUUAUA